AUGGAGCAUAACAUUUCAAAUAUUCUCAAGUAUAAUUAUUAUCUCAAAACACCAAUUAUUAUGAAAUCGAACAAUGUAACAUCCACAUCCUCUCGGAGCAUAUUUUAUAAAAUACAACAAUUUUGUCAAACAUUAUUUUUCAGGAAGCGAUAUAACAAGGAAAAACUUAAAGAAUUGGAUGAUUCUAUUAUAAUUAAUUCCCUGGAAGUUUUAAUUGAGGAUUUGAUGGACAUACAGAAUGUGAUAUAUGAAGCAUUACAAAAUACACUAUUACUCAAAAAAUAUAAUGAUUUUAUAUUUUCUGAAGUUAAUCUCAUUAAAUAUGACCUUGAGAAUUUAAUAGGUUAUCAUGAGCAACCCUUUGGUAAUUUAUUAUACAUGGCCAGAUAUUUUAAAGCAUUUGAUAAGGAUAAGGAAACAUUGGAGAACGAUUUAAAAAAAUACGUUUUAUCAAAAGAACUAUUGAAGGAUUUGAAUUCUGAGCUGGACAAUUUCACGAGAAAUUUUACAGCUUCAAAAGAAUAUUAUCAAUCAUAUCAGGGGUAUUUAAAGGGGUUAUGGGAUGAUAUGAAAGUUAUUGAGAAGAAGGAAUUAAAUGAAUGGGAAGUGAAAAUGUUUAAGAAAGUCUUAAAUGGGGUUAGAGCAAAUCAUCAAACAUUAAUAAAUAAUUAG